CCUGCAGAUGUUAAAGCAACACUGAACCAUGAAGUAACUCCUGAGCAAGAGAGAGCAGAACAUCUGUGGUCCCAGACAGCCAGGAGGAGAUGUUGGUGAUGAACUCCACCUUCUCCAGCUCUCUGGACCUGCUGAUGAGUAACAGCAGCUCCACCCUGGCACUGGGUGCCAUGACCAUCCCUAAAGACAGCUUCUCCAACGCUCUGACCAAGAACAUAGUGGCCAUGUUAGUGUGGCUGGCCCUGAGCAUCAUCAACAGCAGCAUGGUGCACACCUUCCUCCGACACAGUCUCUUCUAUGAGAACCCGCGGUACAUCAUGUUCAUCUGCAUGGUGAUCAAUGACGCUCUGCAGCUAACUCUGGUAACAGCGCUGUAUGUGGUCAGCUACAUCUUCAGGAAGAUCCACACCUCCGUCUGCUGCCUUCUGAUCAUGACGGCUGUCCUCACCACCCGUUCCACCCCUCUCAUCCUGGCUGGCAUGGCCGUGGAGCGCUACAUCUCCAUCUGCUUCCCACUGCACUACAGCCAGAUGUGCACGGUCCCCCGUACGCUGCUCCUCAUCGGCGUCAUCUUCAUCCUCACCGCCACACCGCCCAUCACUGACCUCCUCAUCACCGUUGUCAAGGAGCCUCCCAGUUUCUUCCACGCCACCAUCUUCUGCGACCACUCGCUGCUGUUCCGCGACAGGUCCAUCUACUAUAAGAACUGUGUGUUUGACGGGACCUACCUCUCCUUCGUGGCCCUCACGCUGCUCUACACCUACUGUAAGAUCAUGCUGACGGCAAGAGCUGCAUCCACAGGCCUGGCCUCGGUGAAGAGAGCCAGGAACACCGUGGUGCUGCAUGGGGUGCAGCUGCUGCUGUGCAUGCUGGCCUUUGUGGUUCCCUCCCUGCAGGCGGCUCUCAUCUCCCUGUUCCCCCAUCUGAGCUUGGAGAUCCGUUACAUCUUCUUCCUGCUCGUCUAUAUCAUCCCUCGUUUCCUGAGUCCUGUGAUCUACGGCUUUCGGGACGAGCAGUUCAGGAAGUACUGGACCCGGUACUUGUCUUGUCGGAGCCGCAGCAUCUUUCAGGUCAGGCCGGCGCUGCUGAAGAUGAACCUGUAGGAGAAAUAAGCAGGAAGGAAACCUAAAGUCCAGCUGACUGUCAGGCUGCUGCUCACGAACUCUGGGUUCAUUUCAGUUCAGUAUGACUUGAUUCACUCGAGGCUUUUAUUGCACUGUGGCCUGUGUUUGGUUUGAAGUUGUGGUUUCUGAACAGCAAGCUGUGGCUGAUGAAUCGAUGGUGCAGUGUUGGAAAUAUGAACAGUUUUCCUAGUAAAAUGUAUAUAACUGCUUGUAGAAAGCCAGCUUUCAGCAAACUCUGAUGCUGCUAUUUACCCUCUGAACAGUGCACAUAUAUGCCUUUUGUACGUUACGACAAAGUUACAAUG